AUGGACACAAGCCUGGAUCAGUCCUUCUCCCCCGGGAACCACUGGCUCUUCUUCUCCGUGUACCUCUUCUCCUUCCUCGUGGGGCUCCCGCUCAACCUGGUGGCCCUGGUGAUCUUCGUGGGCAAGCUGCGGCGCCGCCCCGUGGCCGUGGACGUGCUCUUGCUCAACCUGACCCUCUCGGACCUGCUUCUGCUGCUCUUCCUGCCUUUCCGCAUGGCGGAGGCGGCCAGCGACAUGCACUGGCCCCUGCCUUUCAUCCUCUGCCCCUUCUCCGGAUCCCUCUUCUUCACCACCAUCUAUCUCACCUCUCUCUUCCUGGCAGCUGUGAGCAUCGAGCGCUUCCUGAGUGUGGCCUACCCACUGUGGUACAAGACCCGGCCAAGGCUGGGACAGGCUGGCCUGGUCAGUGGAGCCUGCUGGCUGCUGGCCGGUGCUCACUGCAGUGUGGUCUACAUCAUCGAGUUCUCGGGGAACUCCUCCAUGGGCCAGGGUAAAAAUGGGACCUGCUACCUGGAAUUCCGGGAGGACCAGCUGGCCAUUCUCCUGCCCGUCCGGCUGGAGAUGGCCGUGGUCCUUUUCGGGGUGCCCCUGCUCAUCACCAGCUACUGCUACGGCCACCUGGUGUGGCUGCUCGGCAGGGGAGCCAGCCACCACCGGCGGAGGAGGGUGGCGGGGCUCGUGGCAGCCACGCUGCUCAACUUCCUCGUCUGCUUUGCGCCUUACAACAUGUCCCAUGUCGUGGGCUACGUCCAGGGCAAGAGCCCGACAUGGAGAAGCUACGUGCUGCUCCUCAGCACCCUGAAUUCCUGCGUCGACCCCUUGGUCUACUACUUCUCAUCGUCUGGGUUCCAAGCCGACUUUCACGAGCUGCUGCGGAGGCUGACUGGGGCCUGGGGCCCCGGGAGGCAGGAGAGCAGUGUGAAACUGCAGGAGAGGAAGGAAGGCGAGGGGCAGCUGCAGGAGCCAUCCCACAGAGAGGACAGGUAGAGCUCGCCGGAGGGCCGUGGAGCGGGCGUCAUCCCCAGGGAAGCUCCUGGCUCGUCAGGCAGGCCCUUGGAGUGGCAGGCAGGGGACCGUGCACCCGGGCCGAGCAGGCACCCAGCCUUG